AUGGAGGAGACCAACUGGGUCAAAAGAUGCAAAAAUGAAUGUGGAGGGGAGGCUAAGAGUGACAUGGGGGCAGGUUGUGGUAAAAGACCUGAGAGAUUAGAACCUGACAAAAGCAGCUGCAAAUUGCUGCUAUUAGUAUUUUCUUUUUACAGAUAUGUUAUAGUGGAACUUCCCAACAAUAUUUUGUGUUGUGCAGUUUUCGAUGGUCAUGGAGGGAAGGAGUGUUCAGAAUAUUGUGCACAAAAUCUUAAGAAUGUAUUACUGGAAUAUCUUGCUGUACACAAGGAUUUGGAGGCUGUACUGCACCACACCUUCCUGCAAUUACACUCAAGAUAUACACAAUGGACUCAAGAUUAUAAUGCAGGCUUGAAAGCUGGAACUACAGCAACUGUGUGUUUACUGCGGGGAGGAGUAGAGCUUGCUGUGGGUCAUGUGGGAGACUCUCGGGCAAUAUUAUUCCGGUCAGGUGUACCAAGGGAACUUACUCGUGACCAUUGUCCAUCACUCAUCGCAGAGAAGGAUCGCAUUACUCAGUCAGGGGGACAAGUAAAUGUGGACAACAUUGGACGACACAUGGUAAAUGAGACUCUCAGUAUGUCUCGCAGCAUUGGUGAUAUCCAUCUCAAGCCAUAUGGAGUAAUUGCUCUGCCUGAUACCAGAACUCUACGGGUAAAGCAUGGGAAAGAUGCCUUUCUGCUAUUAAUUUCAGAUGGAGUAAAUUUUGUACUUCGAUCAGAAGAGGCUUGUAAUGUCAUAAAUCAAGCAGAGGAUCCAUAUCGUGCUGCACAACUAUUAACUGAACAGGCACUCAGCAUGUCAUCUGAAGACAACAUGACAGCUCUAGUUGUGCCUUUUGGGUCUUGGGGAAAAUAUACAAAAUCAGCAUCUAUGUUCUUUUCCUUUGGUAUUGGAAGGGAUAUGAACAAAAGCAGUAGAUUUGGAUAAAGAUGAAGAAGGAUAUUUUUUAGAAUAAAAUUUAAUUAGGUAUGUGAUAUUGGCUCUUUGUGUAAAACAUCAUUUCAUUAAAUGCAAGUAGUAAAUAUAUGCAUAUUUUACUGUAUUAUGUUUAUAAACUCAAGGGUUGUCAUUAAUAACAAAACAGCGUAGAACCUUGCAAGCACUUUUAAGAGUUCAGGAUAUUUGUAAAUUUCCCACAGUGCAUGUGAAUUGCACCAUGUUGUACUUUUGAAAAGAAUUUAGCUUAAAAGUUUUCACAUGGUGAUUUAAUACUUAAGGGUAUACAGGUUGACAACACUUUAUCCGAAAUUCCAAAAACCGAAAAGCUCUGAAAACCGAAAGUUUUUUUGUGGAGCAAU